AUGGCCAACAAGACUGGAUGUGCUUCUACAAUCCACAGACAAUCCGACUCCAGGCAAGCAGCAAGACUAGCCAGCUAGCUAGCAAGCUAGCCGUUUCAUCCUUUCUGCCCUGUUUUGGGGGCAUUUUGUCGGUUUUGGAUUACCAGUUAACUCUAGGCUGGCUUCACUGACUAAUCAUGCAGAAAUACGAAAAGUUGGAAAAGAUUGGAGAGGGUACAUAUGGAACAGUUUUCAAAGCUAAAAACAGAGAAACCCAUGAAAUUGUGGCUUUAAAACGGGUCAGACUGGACGACGAUGACGAGGGGGUUCCAAGUUCUGCUUUAAGAGAAAUAUGUCUUCUGAAGGAACUAAAGCAUAAAAACAUUGUCAGACUACAUGAUGUGUUGCACAGCGACAAGAAGUUAACGCUUGUUUUUGAAUAUUGUGAUCAGGAUUUGAAGAAAUAUUUUGACAGCUGUAACGGGGAUCUAGAUCCUGAAACUGUGAAGUCGUUCAUGUACCAACUGUUGAAGGGACUCGCUUUCUGUCACAGUAGAAAUGUUCUUCAUAGAGAUCUGAAGCCACAAAACCUCCUCAUCAACAGAAAUGGGGAAUUGAAGCUUGCUGACUUUGGAUUGGCUCGAGCUUUUGGUAUUCCUGUGAGGUGUUACUCAGCAGAGGUUGUGACGUUGUGGUACCGUCCUCCAGAUGUGCUGUUUGGUGCUAAACUUUAUUCUACCUCUAUUGACAUGUGGUCAGCUGGAUGUAUAUUUGCAGAGCUGGCUAAUGCUGGAAGGCCAUUAUUCCCUGGCAAUGAUGUGGAUGACCAGUUGAAAAGGAUCUUCAGAUUGUUGGGGACACCAACAGAGGAGCAGUGGCCAACGAUGACAAAACUUCCUGAUUAUAAGCCGUACCCCAUGUAUCCGGCCACCACCUCCCUUGUGAAUGUGGUUCCUAAAUUAAGUAGCACAGGAAGGGACCUACUGCAGAACCUGUUGAAGUGUAAUCCUGUUCAGAGAAUUUCAGCUGAAGAGGCCUUGCAGCACCCCUACUUCGCCGAUUUCUGCCCACCCUAAAAUGUUAAAUUGCCUGUCACUGAGCCACAGCCGCAAGAAUCAAUCAUCCUUCACUCUGUUUGGUCAUUAGGAGCGAUUCCCAACAAGGCAAAUCCCUCCCUGGGAUUCAGACACUCCCUUGCAGUUCGUUCUGUUGUGCCUCUGUGUGGAACAAAGCCCCAGUGGCUGCGGUAAGCUUCAGGGGCUUUUAAGUUGAUAGCCUGUUUAAUUUGGUCUUAACAUGCCUCCAGGUUAAUUAGUACAGAUGACAGUUGGUGUUAUAUUUAAAGCAUUUUACAGUCAUAGUUUUUUUUUUUUUUGCAUUUAAAAAGUUAAAGCAACAAGCUAUUUUAGAUUGUUUUUUUAAUGCUGUUCCCUCAUAGCUAUCUUAUUUGGUGAAUAAACUCCAGAUGCCUGCGAAUCAAAGUGCUUGUAACUAGUGCGUCAGUAAAUCAUAGGCCUUUUGUAAAGAAAUAGUUUCUGUUCCUGAUGGAUUUUGUGUUCUUUUUUUUUCUUAUUUUAAAUAGUUUUGCCACUUUUCUCUCACUUGUAAAAGUCUUGACAACCUUAGAGAAAGGAACAGGUGUGUGAAAUCUCAUAUUGCAUAUCUAUAUUUGCAGGUUUGUAAAAACCGAACAAUUUGCUGAGUUUUUUCCUAUUUUUUUUAUUUUUUAUUUUAAAUGAUAGACACUGAUGCAGUCCCAUUCAGAAGUUUAUAUACACCUAUCAUUAGUAUGCUAAUUAAACUACUGUUUCCUUGUUAAAUUGCUUAUGCAAUUAACCUCAUUAAACUUGGAAAAUAAAAAAAUUAGGGCAGAAGUAUAAUUUCAAUGGUAGAUGAGUAAUAAGUGCUCAAAAUUAAACUUACCGGCUUAAGUCAUUUGUCCCACAGUAAAUUGCACCUGAAUCAAACACUUUUAUGUUUUUCCCCAACAUUUCCUUACAUUAAUCUGCCUCUAUAUAAUCACUCAUCCAGGUAGAAAGCUUUUAGAAUAGUUCACAAAAAGUUUAGGUCAGGGCUUUCUAACAGUUUAAUGUCAGGUUUUUCUAAUCCAAGACCAGUUUUGGAUUCUAACCCUGUUGGACUAGAGUUUUAACCAAUUAGCUCCAUUGCUUUGGACUAGAUGGCUAAAAGCCCCAUUGCUUGACUUUGCCACCACUGUGCUUAAUAAUUACUACAGUGUUCUUAGAUUUUAAAACCCCCUAACAUACUUGAUCCCAUUGAGGUACAAAUGCAUUAUUGAAAGUCCAAAAUAAAUUAGAUUAAUGCCCAUGAUGAGUAUAUGUAAGCUGCUCUUGGAGAGACAGGAGCACUACGUAUAAAUUAUUUUGCACUUUUCUUUAUGCCUUAUUAGUGUUCUUGGAAAGCUGUUGCCGUUCUAUUUCGGUAAUAUAGAGCUUACAUACAAGCAGCUUUGCUUACAUUAAUCUGCAGCAUGACAGCAGCCUUGUUGAUUAGAUCUGUAUGCUUCAUGCACUGUAUCCACUUUACAUUCCCUUUGCAGCUCCCCCUCCCCCCAAUUGAUACCAACCAGCUUUAGGGCUUAUCAGGUCUGGCUUGCAUCAAAAAGGUCCCGUGAAGUGGUAAAAGUUGCAGGUUAAUGUCUUCCAGUGAGUUCUUCUUUUGGUUCUUUUAGAAUAAAUAAUUGGUUUGUCCAUCGGGCUGAAGCCAACAGCUACAGUAACCUAAAGGGGCCAAGAACAAAAACGGCUUGAACAAUUUUAAAACUUCAAUGUCAAAUGUAACUUUGCAGGUUAGAAAGUAUUCACCUAAACUGCUAAGUUCAGCUAUAUCUACAAUAGCCAGUGAUUUACACACAGGUGAUGGAUAUUUACAUCAGACAAAGAAAGCAGGAGGUAGCUUGCAUCCAGUAAUGCUGUGGAAAACAAACCUGUUUCCGAUGAAGAUAACCUCCUAAUAUAAAAUCUACUAGAUUACAUUUAGUACAUCUACUACAUUACUAUUUACAUUUACUAGAUCAUUAUUGAUACAUUACCCCCCAUCUCCAUCUUCUCUGUCAUCAAUCACCUUUGGUAAAAUAUUUUGGACUAGAUGCUUUUUGAGGUUAAAAUUGUUCUUAAACCUUUAAAGUCUGCUUUUGGUUGGAUUAGAUGCAGCUCACUGAGAGAUUAAAUACUUACAAACUUAAAACAAAACCUCAACAUUCAGAUUUAUCUUUUUUUCUUAAAACAUAUACAUGGAUGGAUUAUUAAACAAACAUAAAUCGGCUGUUAUACUAAUGGGACCAUCUGCCUAAUUGGCAAGUGCCAGUGGUGAAACUCUCCACAGUAAAUGCUAAUAUACAUUUUUUAUUUUUUUUGUUGAUGUUAAAAACCCAGUAAUCUGUGGAUCCAGUUUACAUCUCAGUGGUCUUCAUGUUAUGGUGUUUUGGUGCAUUGAUAUUUAUUGAUUUGGAUACUUCUAUCUUUGUGAACAAUUAAGCUUUACUUCAGAUAAUAUUGACUCCUUUGGUAGACGCAGUGAAGUUUAGAAACCAUAGAUGUAUAAUAAUGCUUCCCUCCUAUUGUUUUAGCUUCACUUGUUUUGUAUGCUUGUUUUAAUUAAAUGGGCUCCCAGGAUGUAAGGAUUUUAUUACCUACACAUUGGGAACCAGCAACCUUCUUUGACAGAUCCGCUGCAGUAAAUUACAGGAUUAAAUUAAUUUUUUAGCUCCUUUAAAACUAGUUUUUCCUCUUGAGGUUAAAGUAUUUCUCUCCAAUCAUUGCUACCUAAUACUCUAUUUUCCAAGAUGUAAUGCAGGAUCGGAUGAAAGACCACAGGCUAUUUCACUGCUAGAACUUCACACUUAUACUGUUUCUCAUUUUUAAAUAAAGUAUUUGUUCCACUGCCGAUUGCAAGAUUGUAUAUUAGCAUGAAAAGCAAUUUUAUUAAUUUAAUUUUUUUUUAUCUUCAAGCUUUUUAUUUCUGUUUGUAUUUAUUUUUGUGCACUUUGUUACCAUAGUUAUGAAGAUUAUCACGUUUAACACUGACAUGCUGAAUAAUAGGCAGUUAAAUAGACCAAUAUUUACAUAAUGAUGACCAUUUGUGAAACAUUACUUGUUAUAACUGUUCUUUUUAUUUCUAUAAUGCUUUUUUAUAAGGUUUGCUACUUAAAAGGAAUACUAUUAUGGUAUUCUGUAAACUUGUUUUGCACCAUUGGCUUUUACUGGUUGGUGAUUGCUUGUUAACAGCUAACUGUUUUUAUUUCUCUCCAUAUGAUUAAAGUGAUAUGUGUGCUAAUAAAAACCAACACAUUGAGUGGUAUGUAAAACAACCGUUCCUGGGAAAAAUAAUAUUUCUUCCUUUCAAUUUAAUUAUGUUAAAUAGUUACUGGGUGCAUGUAUUUAUUAAAUAUGGAAUGUCUGUUUUCUUGGA